AUGUACACUUCAUGGAAUCGUGCAAUCGAAAUUGUCAUCGGAACUAAUUUGGUUGCAUGCUUUCUGUUUUUGUUUUGUAUCAUGAUAGCAAUGGGAAUAUUCGAACUACAUUACGAACAUUACGCCCAGUGUCUCCUGUUCACUGCAAUAUUAUUCUCAGUAGCUUUUAUUUCUAUGAUGAUUCAUGGUAUUUAUAUCCGACGAAAGAUUUCGAGAGGUGAAGUCAGAAGAGUAGAAGUACACUUUGAUAACUUCAAAAUUGGUUCCUGCAUCGUAUCCUUUUCUGGAGUCAUUGUCAAUUUAAUGGUUUGCUGUUUUGGAACAGAACCAGAGAUAUACAAUACUUGUCAUAUUAUAUAUGCCUUCAUAAACUUAAUGAUGUUAGGUUUAUUAUUGCGCUCUCUGGAAACUUUGGUAAUGGAUAUAGAGAUGCACAAAAAGCAUUUGAAAAAUGUGUUAUUAUGUCAAAUUGCUGGGAUCAUAAUAUUGCCACUGCUCACUCAUCACAUAAGAACAUGGAAUGAAAUAAGUGCAAUCUUGAUCAGCCAACUGAUUUGUAUGCCCUCUUCCUGGAUUUGUAUGCUCUCUUCAACAGACAGUGACUCAUCAGAAUCUCAAAUAGAUUGCUCAGAAAUUUAUCAAUUGACUGGUUCUCUUUGUGGUGUUUGCUACCGGACCUACAGUGAUAGUAGCAGAAAGAAAACUCCUCGCAUACUGACAGAAUGUGGACACACUAUAUGUGAAGGUUGUGCUGGGAGAAUAUUGAAGGCCAAUUAUAGUUCAUAUCUUCCAUGCCCAUGA